CGCUCGCGGGCGCCUCAGUUCUCUAAUUUUUGUAAAAACUAGCUUGCUAAAAUGGGUCGCCAUUCAUCAGACACUGAAGAAGAGUCUAAAAGCAGAAGAAAAAAGAAACAUCGUAGAAGGUCAUCUUCAAGCAGUUCCUCAGAUAGUAGAAGUUAUAGCCAUAAAAAAUCGGGAAGAAAAUCAAGAUCACGGUCUCGAGAUCUCCAGUUUCGUUCACAUUCAUAUGAAAAAAAGCGAAGGCAUCGAUCAAGCAGCAGUUCUUCGUAUGGGUCCAAAAGAAAACGGAGCCAUAGCCGAUCAAGAGCACAAGGAAAAUCAUAUCGAUCUCAGAGAUCAAGAUCAAAAAGCAGAUCAAGAAGAUCACAUUCCAGACCCCAACAACGAUCCUACAGUCGCAGCAGCGAAAGAACUAGUCACAGGAGAACCCAUAGUGGGUCUCGUGAGAAAGAAAGACGUAAAGGCAGGGAUAAAGAGAAAGCAAGGGAGAAGGAAAGAUUCAGAGGGAAAGAUAAAGAGCAGCAUUACAACAAAAGUGGAGAUGCCGGAAACAUCAAAACUGGAUUAGAACAUCUGUCUGCUGCUGAACAAGCCAAAGCUAGACUACAAUUGGUCCUUGAAGCUGCUGGGAUGGUGAACAAUAUUGACAUUGUACCUUUUUCCACAGAUCAAACCAGUCUUGUUGAGCAAGUAAAACGAGUCAAAGAAAUUGAAGCAAUUGAAAGUGACUCUUUUAUUCCACAGACAUUCAGAUCGAGCAAAGAAGUCAAAAAGGUCACAGAAUCUGCUGAUAUCAAAAAUGAACCUGGAAUUACAGAAGUUACAAACACUGGUGUUGCUAUUACUGAAAAAGAAGUAAAGCCUGGAAUUAUUCCUACUGCUAUCAAAUACCAGGAUGAAAACUCACUUGCCCAUCCCAAUUUAUUUAUUGACAAGGCAGAAGCAGAAGAAAGAUGGUUCCAAAGGCUGAUGUCUCUUCGACAAGAGAGGCUAAUGGGCAGUCCUGUGGCUUGAGUGAAUUAAAUAACAAACAUACUUUCAUUGUGCGUUCCAUUGUAAAAAAAAUUCAUGACACAAUUGAAUGAGUAUAUAAAUAUUGCGUAGAGUGAGGAUGGGGUGAAGGGAAGUAUGAGAGGAAGUAUAUUUCUGGAAUCAGCCAACAGAUUUAUGUCAUAUUAAAGGUAUUAUAAAGACUAUACCAAACUAUUAAGAUUGAAUCUCCUUCACAAUUCAUUAAAGUCUAUGGAAAUUUG